AUGCGUCUCUCGUCUUUCACUCUCCUGGCUUUGCCUCUCCUUGCGACCGCCACUGCCAUUCCCCGAGAUGGUACGACUUGCACCUCUGGCACCGCGCAGUGCUGCUCGUCCAUUCAGAGUGCCACCUCCAAUCCUAUUCAAAGUCUUUUGGGUCUCCUCGGAAUCGCCCUUGGUGGCCUUGCUGGUGAUGUUGGUCUCACUUGCAGCCCAAUCACUGCUAUUGGUCUCGGCACCACUCAGUGCUCCAAUCAGGUUGUUUGCUGUCAGAAUAACAGCUUCAAUGGUCUCAUUGCUCUUGGGUGCAACCCCAUCAAUAUUGCUCUCUAA